GGCCAAUCCGCAUUUAUUGGAAAUUGAGGGGGCGAACUGGUUACUACUCUUUACACACAUCAACCAGCGCCUUCUUUCCCUGCACGAAACUCCGGUUUUGUUCCACUCUCCUUCUUCCAGAAGUCGUUAGGGAUUCAAUUCUCUGCUGUUAGACUACUCCUGUGUAAGCUCAUUAAUCGAUAUCCCUUGUAAGCAUCAUGGACGGGAUUUCCGGCGAUCUGAACGCUCCACACUCGAUGGGGACUACCAUAAUCGGCGUCACCUACAACGGCGGCGUUGUUCUGGGCGCCGACUCUCGCACAAGCACCGGGAUGUAUGUGGCGAAUAGGGCAUCCGAUAAGAUCACUCAGUUGACAGAUAAUGUCUACAUCUGCCGCUCUGGUUCGGCAGCAGAUUCACAGAUUGUUUCAGAUUAUGUUCGCUACUUUCUCCAUCAACACACGAUACAGCUUGGCCAGCCUUCAACUGUAAAAGUUGCUGCAAACCUCGUCAGAUUAUUAUCCUAUAAUAACAAGAACAUGUUGCAAACUGGCCUGAUUGUUGGUGGAUGGGAUAAGUAUGAAGGGGGUAAAAUUUAUGGAAUACCACUGGGAGGAACUGUUUUAGAGCAGCCUUUCACUAUUGGAGGGUCUGGCUCUACCUAUUUGUAUGGUUUCUUUGAUCAAGUUUGGAAGGAAGGAAUGACUCAAGAUGAAGCUGAGAAACUGGUCGUGAAAGCAGUAUCUCUUGCCAUUGCUCGGGAUGGUGCCAGUGGUGGGGUUGUUCGAACUGUGACUAUUAACAAAGAUGGGGUCACUAGGAAGUUUUACCCUGGGAACACCCUCCCUUUAUGGCAUGAAGAAUUGGAGCCGAAGGAUUCAAUGUUGGAUAUAUUGUCAUCAGCCAGUCCUGAACCAAUGGUCAGUUGAAGGAAAGAUCAUUCACCAAAAAUGUUAGUGGCAUUUGCUGCCACACUCUUCGCUCAUCAACGCGUUAACAAACUGGACUUUGUAUGUCAGUUGUAACUUCAGUUUGUUCCCCUAAAAUUUGAUCAAGUUUCUUUCUCUUGAUAGUUGAAGUUUGAUUCUCUGGAUAGCCUUUUCUGUUACAACAAUUGAAUUUCUACCUAUGCUUUUCAGCGACUCAUCACCAUCUGCUACAUUAUUAUAAUAUUAGGAAAAAUUUAGAUCUUCA